AUGGCUCUCUGGUAUCGUGGCUUCCCUGAGCACCAUGAUACCGACACUGAAACCGAAACUGACACUGAACCCGCCAAUGACUUUGCCAGUGACAGUGAUGCCGACACUGGAGCCCCUCCUGCUCCUGUCGUUGAGGAACAACCCAAGAACAUUCAAGUUGUUCUUCGUCACCGUGAUUUCGAGGACGCCAAUGGCGUACCUCAAGGCCCCCGUGCGUUGGUUCCCCACCCGCACUUCCCUGAAGAGGAAGUGCUGUUUGGCCGUCAUCAGCGAGGUUAUGUGUUUGACCGUGUUUUCGAUCAAACCUACUCGCAGGAGUCCAUUUUCCGCCAAGUGGCCCAACCCAUGGUGGAACGGGUUGCCAAGGGCUACAACUGUGCCGUUAUCGCGUGCGGCCAAACUGGCACCGGAAAAACUUACACCCUGCAAGGAAACAUGCAAGAUUUUUCCCAGGACUGCCCCGCCGAAGCCGGCCUGAUUCCUCGCACGGUCCACCGACUGUUUGAAUAUUUGAAUAUUCACAAUUACGACUUUUCUGUCUCGCUUUCCCUCGUGGAACUUUGCAACGGUCGUAUUUACGACUUGCUCAAUGUUCACGACGACGAAUCAACUCUGAAGAUUUGUCAAGAUGAAUCCACCUCGGAUGUGACCAUCGAAGGAUGCCACGAAUCUUUCGCUCCCUCCGCCGUUGAAGCCAUGAAAAUCCUUCGUCAAGGCCUGGCCUGUCGAACCAUCGGUGCCACUCAAUGGCAUGAAAACUCAAACCGCGGUCAUUGUUUGUUGACUGUCAAAGUCUUUGUUCAAGAUUUCUUGGCCAGUGACAAGGCGACCGUGCGUGCCGGAAAAUUGACAUUUGUUGAUCUAGCCGGCUUUGAGCACUUUCACAAAGAUUACGGCGAAAAUGUGCCUGCUCCUGAAACAGUCUCUGCCAACAAAGGCUUAUUCACGCUCCUACAUGUCAUCCGUGACCUCGCUCACCAUGGUUCCACCGAUUUGUACAGACAUGAUAACCUUACCUGGUUGCUCAAAGAUGCGUUGGGUGGUCAGACCCAGACCUGCAUUGUGGUUACGGCGUCGACGGCCGAAACGCAUUCCCAUGACACUCGACUCGCCUUGAAAUGUGCCACUUUGGCCAAAGAAAUCCUCAAUUUUCCGCGGCGCAAUACACCCAUCAACCGCGAUAACUACAUUGGCGACUUGCACGCUACCAUAGCCCAGUUGAAAGAAAAAUUAAAGUGCAAGCAAGGAAAGGAGGGUGUGCACAUGACUCGGGCAUUCUAUGAUGCUUGGAAGCAAGAAAUGGAGGAACUCAAGGAGAAGAUGCGAAAGACCGAUUAUGAAGCGCACAUUACCAAGCAACAGGCGUGUGACAUGGUCGAAAAAGCCCAGACCGCUUGCAAGAAAGAAACCGCACAGCUCAAGGACCGACUGCGGAAGGCAGAAAGCGAAGUGCGAUAUAUCAAAGACCGAUCUGAGGAGAAGAUAAAGCAGAUCUACAACGCCUGGCAACGAGAUACCGAUCAGCUCAACCGGUUCAUCAGCAACACCGAAGAGGCAAUGCAGGUUACCAAAGAAAGAGCCGACGCUAAAAUCGCCGCCAUGCGAACCGAGCUGGCCUCACUACAAGCGCAAUGCAGCCAUGCAGCCGGCCUGGGAAAAUCAGUGGACGACAUGCGAGCCAGAGAAAGCCGCGCACUUCAACUAGCCGAGUACUAUCAACAGCAAGAAAGAGAAAUGCAAGAACGGCACUCACACCUCGAAGAAAAAUUCGCGGACCUAACCGACAGGGUUCAAGAAAAAGAUGAGCAGCUGAACCAUUUGAAGGCGCAAAAGAAAGAAGACGAUCAGCAAAUGGCAUACCUCCAACGUGAACUACGCCAAUACGAUGACCUUUUCAAAGAAAAUCAGGAAAAAGUCGCUGUCAUGCAGAAGCAAAUAUCACACCUCCAACGACGAGUCUCGGAGCAUAUCAAUAUCGUUCGCGCUAAAGACGAGCAACUAGACGGCCUCAUGAAACGAAAGAAACAUGACACUCAGCGCCUCACUGACCUCCAACAUGGACUCCGUAAAUGCAAUGAUACUAUUGGUGAAAAGGAAGCCAUGAUUGCCGAAUUGACGGUGCAGCUUCGAGAUCAACAUGUGACGAUGAAGAAACAGAUGGCGCAUCUUGAACAAUACGCUGCGGAGCUGGUCGAUAGGAUCCAAGCCAAAGACGAACAGCUCGAGGGGCUCCAACUCCAAAGCAAGCAAGAUCACAAGAAAAUCAAGGCGUUCAAAUGUCAGAUCGCUGUAUGCAACAAUAUGAUUUAUGAAAAGACAAUACCGGUCGUCGAAUUAACGUCGAUGCUUCAAAAACGAAAAGAUACCAUGGAAAAAGUCAUAGCGCAUCUUCAACGGCACGCGGCUACAGUCGAAUCCCUGAAAACCCAACUCAAAGAUAUUAGACACAAAGUUGACUUGGAACCUCGACAAUUCAUCAUAUCACGCUGA